AUGGAGGAACACGGUAUGUUUAUUGAGACAAGUGUUGACGAAAGUACACGAGCAGAACAUGAAAAAUAUACUCGUUUGGCUAUUAAAUUAGCAGAAGAAAAUGUUGAACAUGGACGCGGUGGACCUUUUGGUGCGGUAAUUUGUAAAGACGGUAAAGUUAUUGCUCAAGGUGCAAAUAGAGUUGUUCCAACAAAUGAUCCGACAGCACAUGCUGAAAUGGUGACAAUUCGUCUUGCUUGUCAAGAAUUAAACACACAUAAUCUUGAAGGUUGUGUUAUAUAUAGUUCAUGUGAACCAUGUCCCAUGUGUUUAGGUGCUAUUUAUUGGGCACAUCUUGAUCAUAUUUAUUUUUCACAUUCAAAACAUGAUGCUAAAGAUAUCGGUUUUGAUGAUCAUUUUAUUUAUGAAGAAUUAGCACGCGAAUUACAUGAACGACGUGUUGGUAUAACUCAAUUACUUAAAGAUGAAUCAAAAGCAUUUUCAAUGUGGGCAGAAUCCCAAAAUAAAACACAUUAUUAA